AUGUUUCAGGGUGAUCGACUUCAAAUAUCAGAGGAAGUUCACGAUGCUUUAGCGACCUCAAAACCCAUCGUAGCAUUGGAAAGUGCUAUCAUCACUCAUGGAAUGCCCCAUCCUACCAAUCUGAACACUGCUAGUUCAGUGGAAACGAUAAUCAGAUCGAAAGGUGUAGUCCCGGCUACGAUCGCCCUCAUCAACGGGAAGAUACAUGUCGGCUUGACUGAAUCUGAAAUGAUUCAAUUAUCCGAUCCCCAAUCGAAGAUUUCGAAAGGAGCUGUCAAAGUCUCGAGAAGGGAUUUGGGUCCAGUCAUCUCGCUUAAGAAGACUGGUGGAACGACAGUAGCUGGUACGAUGUACAUCGCUGAGAGUCUUGGUAUCAAGAUCUUCGUGACGGGUGGGAUCGGUGGGGUGCACAGGGGUGCUGAAAGUAGCAUGGACAUCUCAGCCGAUCUUCUCGAACUUGGACGAACACCUAUGGCGGUAUUUUGCGCAGGUGCAAAAUCCAUUCUCGAUAUACCUCGAACAUUGGAAGUACUCGAAACACAAGGUGUAUGCGUAGCAUCUUAUGGAGACAAACAGGACUUUCCUGCUUUCUACACACCGUCUUCUGGAUGUCAGAGCCCGUGGAGAGUCGGUGAUGCCGAUGCAGCAGCGAGAUUGAUAUAUACCCAACUUUCACUUCCUACCAAACUUUCCACCCUUUUUGGUGUACCCAUUCCGUCUCAACAUGCCGAAGCUGGUGCAGAAGUUCAGAAAUCGGUUGAACAAGCGGUACGAGAGAGCGUGGAAUUAGGGAUUGACAAGCGAGGGAAAGAAGUCACACCAUGGUUGCUGAAGAGGGUAGGAGAGUUGACUGGCGGUAAAGCUUUAGGUCUUAAUGUCAACCUCAUUGAGAACAACGCUCGAAUCGGCGCAGAAGUAGCUGCGAAACUUUCAGAGAUGUACCAAUUAGAAUCGGAAAAAGGGGAUGCAUUGAGGUACCUUUAUUCUCCGCCGAGCUCUCACGAUAAAAGCACUAUUACUCAUCCUAAAGAAAUUGGUCAAACGCCCGAGACAAAACUUGAGGAACGAGCUGAGGAUACCACCAUACCUACUCAAUCUACCAAGACAGCAGUCAUCCCUACACCUUCUAUCAAAAUCCACUUACCCAAUCCAUUAGUACUGGUAUUUGGAUCAGCAGCAAUCGAUCUCACCUCAACUUCACCACGAACAUUGGAACCUCGAACGACUACUCCGGGGACAGUCUUCGUCUCUCCAGGAGGAGUAGGAAGAAAUAUCGCUGAAGCCGCUCAGAAUCUUCUACCUGACCAUGCUGUUCAGCUUGUCUCGGCUUUUGGGACUAACCCAGCUUUCAUCCCUACAUCUCAUCACCAGCAUCCUCAAAAUAACGGCAUUAUAAUGAACGGUCAAUCCGUUGGAAUUCAACAAGAUACGGAAAGCGAGGAACCGGACUCAUUUGGCAAAUUAUUGAUGCUUGAACUGACUGCUGCCGGACUGAGAACUGAUGGAUUGAUUGGAAGAUCAGGGAAAUCCACGGCGGUUUGUAGCUUGACACUGGAAAAGAAUGGAGAUCUGGUUGCUGGAGUCGCUGAUAUGGGUAUCGUGGAAAUCUUGUCUCCUGUCACUAUCGAAGAGACCAUUCGAAAACGAUCCCCUAGAAUGGUCGUUUUCGAUUGCAAUCUCACUGAAGAGGUGGUACGAACUAUUCUCAAGACCUGUACACAGCUGAAUAUACCGACGUUUUGCGAUCCUACGUCUUUACCCAAAAUUCCUCGACUCACUUCCUCCCUCUUAUCUUUAUUACCUGCCUCACGUACUCAUCCAAGACCCUUGACCAAUAUCUCACCUAACAUCCUUGAGCUCGACCAUCUCUAUAACCUUGUCGGUACACUUUCAGAAAGGUCAGAAGAGAUCGAAAGUCGAUCUUGGGAAUAUAUAAACUCGUUGAAUCUCGGUUACGAAUGGAGAGGUAAAGUGGAUAACUGGCUUAGCAAACCCGACAGACAAUGGAUAAAAGAACAGGGGAUAAUACCGAAAAUGAUCCGACUUUUGCCUUUCAUUUCGAGCUUCUGGCUGAAAGUCUCCAGUAAAGGCUUGAUCCAUUUGGAACUCGCCCCUUCACCUACUCGCAUCACCCGCCAUAGUGGUGAUGGUAUUGUAUACAAUAUUGGCAGUAAGACUCAUCAAGGGAAAUAUCUUGUAUUAAAGCAUUAUCUACCGCCUGAUAUUGCACAAGAUGAGAUUGUCAGUACGACAGGUGCCGGGGAUACGUUAGUUGGUGGGCUGGUAGCUGGUUUAGUCGAUGGAAAGGAGAACGAAGAUUGGGUUGGGAAAGCUUUAGAAGGUGUUAAGAAGAGUCUGAAAAGUAGAAGAGCUGUUGGGUAG